UCCCUGUUUCUUUUCCCUUUUUCCCCUUCGGCGGGCGCAACUUGGCCACUUCCGCCCGAUGGCUCCGGGCCCCAAAGCGGCGAGCCUGGCCCGAACGGGCGCAUCGCCCAGGAGGUCAAAGCCAGCUUCACCGUCUCCAAAGAAGGUCACAGCUUCUUCACCCUUGGAGCACGAGCUCUCCAGGGCAUUCGCAGCCACAGACCGGGAGAGGAGCAAUCUGAAAGUCCAAGAGGUUGAAUGGCACGGUCUGCAACGCCAGCUCUUCGCGUCGAUGAAGGAGAAGGAGGAGCUCCAGAAGCGCGUGCGCUCCGCGGAGCAGGAGAGGCAGCAGAGUGAGUCCCAGAUGGAUUCUACGCGUCAUGAGGUGAGGAGUCUGCAAUCGCAGCUGGAAGCCUUGAAGGGGGAGAGGGCCGCCAUCCUGGCCCACCUGGCCAGCGACAAGCAGCAGCGCCAGGCGCUGCAGCAUCAGAGCGGAGCCCUUGCGAAGGAGGUUCAAACCUUGCGGCAGCGUGUCACCAAGUCCGCCGAAGAGGCGGCGCGGCUUCGGUCAGAGUUCCGGGUCAUUGACGAGGAGCUGAAGAUGAUGAGGCAGCAGAAUGAAGCGGAGGAGCAGAACCGCAAGGCCCUGGAGCAGAAGGUGGAAGAGAUCCAACAGCAGCGGGACUCGCAACGCCAGGCCCUGCGCCGGGUGCAGCAGCAGAACCGGGACCUCCACGGCAAGAUGGGGGCCCUGCAUACUGAGCAGCAGGUGCUGAAGUCGCAGGUCAGCGAGGCUGUCCAGGAGAAGAAGAGCCUCGAGCAGAAGAUCGGCAGGGAAGAGGCCUCCCAUGCCAGCCUCACCAGCCGGGUCAGCGGAUUGCAGCGGGACAUCAAGAAGCUCAAGUCCCAGGAGGCCAGCGCGGAGCAGGCCUCGAAGCAGCUGCAGGGCGACCUGGCGCGGCUGGACGAGGCCAAGAAGGCGCUGCACCUGAAGCUGCAGCUGAGCUCCAGCGACAUGGCCUCGAAGCACCGGGAGCUGUUGCAGCAGACGAGCCUCGGUAGCCCCACCAUCCUCAACACGGAUCUCCACUACUCCUUUGGCCCAGGUAAUAGGCCCGCCACGCCCAGCAGCCUGGCAAGCUCCCCGCUGAUGGCUAGGGCGGAGCAGAGCCUGACCCAGGAGCCGGCGUCUACUCUGGCGCCGGCGCCAGUGGAGGCGGAGCCAAAGCUGAGCCCUAGAAGCUCGGCCGAUGUCGGCGAGGAGAAGAGAGUUAGCCAGGAGCCGGGUCCUGAGGCCAAAGAAAAGGCGGACGAGGCAGAGCCAAAGCUGAGUCUUGGAAGCCUGGCCGAAGUUGGCGAGGACCUUGGCCCUCCAGCAGAGGAGUCGGGUCUUGAGGCCAAUGAACAGGCGGACGAGGCAGAACCAAAGCUGAGUCUUGGAAGCCUGGGCGAAGUUGGCGAGGACCUUGGCCCUCCAGCAGAGGAGUCGGGUCUGGAGGCCAAUGAACAGGCGGACGAGGCAGAACCGAAGCUGAGUCUUGGAAGCCUGGCCGACGGCGAGGACCUUGGCCCUCCAGCAGAGGAGUCGGGUCUUGAGGCCAAUGAACAGGCGGACGAGGCAGACGGCCUUUUGUUGGACGGAGAGGAGAUGGAGGCAUUCUGACGAUGGUGUGAAGUUCAGUCGGGACAUACCAAGCAGACCCCAAACCACCAAGGACGAACGUUGCGUAGGUUCGAACAUUGCGUUGCCUCUAAUUUGUUGACAGAGACCUCCCUUGAGCAAGCUUGAGUGCUCUUGCAAGGGCUCGUGACUCGUGUGUCAUCAGCUGAGCCACA